AUGCCGUCAGUUAUUCCAGCUUCAACCUUAAUAAAUUCUUCUAUUUCGAAUGGCAUGAUGAACCCGCCUACGAAUUUACCUCCUACCGAUUCUAGCGUUCCUUCCUAUGAGGGUAUCGCAUCCAAGCAUGACUCUCAAUUAAUGCAGCACAUGUUUCGCGCAUUUGUUGGUAAAGCACUGGAUGAUAAGUCGUCGGGAAAUGUAGCUGCAUACGAAGAUAUGAGGAGACAGUUCUCUAUAAGGCCUGAUGCCAAAGAUGCUCCCUCAUCCAUUCAGAUACAAAAUUUAUUGUCUGCCCUCACGUGCAACGUAUCUCGGCUUGACAGCUCUUGCUCUUCUCUGAUUAUGAGCAUACUGGGUUCGGUGUGGGUAUCGAGAGAUGAAUCUUUUGUCCGCUGCUACACAAAGUUCCUGGGACAUUUGCUUUCUGCUCAAUCGACCUAUUUGCCAUUAGUCAUGACCAUGCUUAUCCAGCACAUGUGCUACCAGAGUAAUAGUUUAGCAAUCCAUUAUGAACAUGCUCAUAUGGCUUUAAAAUAUGUGUUAGAUCUUGUCCCUCGUGCGCAUUCUUACUUGUAUAGUUGUAUACUUGAGGAGUUUCCGUACAAGGAUGAAAGUAUUCUGGCACAAAUGACCUAUAUUUCGAACGUUUUAAGUAUUUGUGAAUAUGUACCAUCUCUUAAAGGUCCUGUAUUGCAUGCAGUUAUUGAUAAAAUCAUCCAAGUUGAUGUGGAGAUUCAAGUAGAACUUGAUAUCGAGGAUGAUGAGGAUUCAGAUGCUUCAGAUGCUUCAGACGAUGCUGCCUCCGAUGUAUUAACUGCGUCCGCUUUAUAUGAGCGCCACGCUGAUGCUUCGGAGGAUCUCACAUCUAGUACUCUAUUGAAUGAUGAUCCCUUAUCUCCUGUUGAUACCAAACAAACUUUGCUGCAACUGGACCAGCUUUUGUAUAUAUUGUUUUCUUAUUUAUCAAAGAAUUUAAACCAGAGUAGGGAUCGCUAUGUUGUUUACAAUAGUUUGAUUCGAUCAUUUGUUAAUACUGUUCUUAAAACCUUUCGCUGCCGCUAUACACAGUUCCUAAUCUUCUGGGCCUCUCAACUCAAUCCGGAAUUUACGGAUAUUUUUUUGGGAGUGCUCACGGAAGUUUGUUUGAAUCCAUCUCAACCCUAUACGCUUCGAAUUAGUGGAGCAAUGUACCUUGGGUCUUAUGUUUCCCGUGCCAAAACUUUGGAAGCCUCGACAAUCCAAAUUAUCGUUGGUUUGAUGACCCGAUGGAUGGAAGCCUACUUGGAUCAAUGCGAAAACGAGCUAUCCGACGAUUUAAUUUCCAAGCAUUCUGUCUUCUAUGCUAUUAACCAAAGCGUGUUGUAUAUUUAUUGUUUCCGUUGGCAAGAACUCCGAAUAUCGGAUGAGACAGACCCAAUGGACCCCAGACCGGCAGAAUGGCUCCCAGGGCUAGAAGUUCUUCAUCGAUCCGUUCUCUCCCGUCUAAAUCCGUUGCGAUACUGCUCACCCAAUAUUGUUCACCAGUUUGCGAGAAUCGCACAUCACUUGAAUUUUAUGUAUGUUUAUUCAAUCUUAGAGCAAAACAGAAAGGGGUCAAUUCGGGAUGGAUUGGAAACGAUUGAUUCGUUUUUCCCAUUCGAUCCUUAUCGUUUAUCGAAAUCAUCAUCGAUCGUUCAACCAUUUUAUAAUGAAUGGCGACCGGUCCCUGGAAUGGAUGAUGUUGAGGAAGCUGAAGAUGAACCAAUGAGCGAUUAUCCUCUUGUGCCGUCUUUGUAA